CCCUGCGAACUUCGAAGCUCCAAGGAGAAGAAGAAGAUGGUUGGUUCAAGUUUCGGUCACUUCCUUCUUCUCUCUUACACUCCUCCUUCGUCUCUCUCCACUCUCUUUCCCACUAAAACCUUAACCCUCAGCUCAAGCCCCUUCCGCUGCAAAUGCUUCUUCAAAAACAUGAAAGCCUCGGGGAUUCGGCAGGUAGGAUUGACUACUCUGCAUGGACACAGGGUUGAUGCAAUGAAGAGCAGCAUUGUCCUUAAGAUGUUUCAAAGAGAAAUGACAAUCGAAUCCCAUAAUACCCUUGUCACAAAGCAAUCUGAGAUGAAUGACUUUACAACAGAGGAUCUUGAAGAUGGGGGAUUGUUAUCUAAAUUGGUUUAUACAUUCUUGUUUGGGCAGACUUUAUCAGUGGUUUCUCCUGGUCUUUCAUAUGCAAGUGACUCAAUGAAGAUGAAUCAGAUAUAUGAAGUUGGAGAGUUAUUUGAUUUAAGCAUCCAACUAUUAUACUUGGUAUCAUUAUUGGGUUUGCUAGGGGUUGGGACUUACUUUGUGAUUCGCCAAGUUCUUGUUCGCAGAGAACUUGACCUUUCUGCCAAAGAGUUGCAGGAGCAAGUACGAAGUGGUGAUGCCAGUGCAACUGAGCUUUUUGAACUUGGUGCAGUGAUGCUGCGGAGGAAGUUUUAUCCAGCUGCCACCAAGUUUCUGCUUCAAGCAAUUGAGAAAUGGGAUGGGGAUAAGCAAGAUCUUGCGCAGGUGUACAAUGCUCUUGGUGUCAGCUACGUCCGUGAUGGGAAGGUUGACAAAGGAAUUGCUCAGUUUGAGAUGGCUGUAAAGCUUCAACCAGGCUAUGUCACAGCAUGGAACAAUCUUGGGGAUGCCUUUGAGAACAAAAAAGAAUAUAAGGCUGCUCUUAAGGCAUUUGAAGAAGUCCUGCUAUUUGAUCCUAACAACAAGAUUGCUCGGCCCAGAAGAGACGCUUUGAAGGACCGCGUUGAAAUGUACAAAGGGGUUCCUGUCAAGUCCAAAGAGAAAUAAAGAAUGCUAUUGUUGAUACUCAACACUACAUAUAUGGAAGACUUUUUAACACAGCUUUCAGUAACUUACUUGAGGUUUGAUGAGGGAGCUUAUCACACCUUGAAAUAUAAAUAAAUUGUUUAUUAUAUGAAGUUUUAUUAAUUUGGUGUGUUGGGAGAAAUUUUUGGUUAUUUCCCUCAGAACAGAUGGUUGCUGUGUUGUGCCUUUCUCUAUUUGUGUGUGGAUUAGAGAGAGCCAGAUAGAUGGUGAUGUAACUAUUGUUCAAUGUUUAAAGAUAGAGUUGAGUUUUCUUUCCUUCUUAGAA